GGAUAAUACCACGCCGUGAAGUCUCUGCACUCUCCAAAUUUGCUCCUAUCAAAGUCUAAGCUCCGAUGAGAAGCUUUCGGAUAAACUCUCCCUCUCUCUCUCUCUCUCUACAUUCUUUGAGAAAAGGAUAAAUGACGAAUCAAAGCCGAUGGAGUGAGACAUUCAUUUGAUUAAUCCAGACAAACGCUACCCCGCCACCAGAGAACCCUAAUCUCUCUCUCUCUCUCUCUCUAAAACUCAUCUGUUAAAUCCAGACAAACACUACCCCCACCAGAUUUUUCCACCGAAAUCUUAAUCUCUCUCUCUCUCUCUCUCUGUCUUCGAUUUUGGUUCUUAGAAUUUGAUUCUGGGGGGAAUCGAAAGCUUUGGAUUGUAAGAGAAACGUAAAGGUCAGACUAAGGCGAUUCAGCUGGAAGCUAUUGCGUAUUUGCGCAUGAGGCUUUCGUGGGUGCAUCAGACUCCACAACGACAUUUUCAGAUAGAGAUUGGUGGAGUUUGCAAAGGACGGCUACCUGUAUUUUCUCCUGAUAACGCUUUUAUUAUCAGCGCUUGGAUCAUCAUAUACAAAUUCGUUUUCGGGUUGGUUUUGGUACCCCGAAUCUCCUUCUCUUGUUCUUCCCUUCUAAGUAUCAGAAACGAGCCACCUCGCCAUCGAAAGUCUAUCCUUUCGGCCAGGAUUAAAAGAAAAGAUUUAAAAGGAAAAUAUAGCAAUCACGUGCUGCAAAUUGGUGCAAACACCAUUUAAGGAGGAUCCUUUCAUUUAACUAAAGGCACCGUUGCACAUGGAUGGAUGCAAUGGUAAAAGAGUUGGUGGGCUGGGUGUUGCUAGGAAGGGGUCUGGCCUUGCUUUCAGAGAUUCAUCAAAUAAUGAGGAUCGAAGCAUUCAAUACUGUAAUCGACUAGGUUGUAGCACCAGACUCAACUCAUCAAAGGGUGGUGAGAGUAGUAGUUCAGACAGAACCAAAUAUUCAAAGCCUCCUUUCCGUCCAGCAAGUGGAAAGGCAAUAUCUGGGAACUCUACUAAAACAUUCUCUAAUGUGAGUGAUGCUAGAAAGUCUCAACGAUAUGCCCAUAAACCGUCUUCUAACAAGGAAACAGUUCCCUCUGAAACUAUUUGUAAGCAGAGAGAGAGACACAUUUCUGAAUCCAUACCUUCAACUAAUACAAUUCAGACAACACUUGAACCUGAAGAUGUUGAAUCUGGAGUUCUUCGGGGCCUUACUGUGGAUACAUCAGAAGAUGUGGGGAGAUACAAUAUACCAUCAAAUACAAGAUCUCAAAAGAAAGUCCAUCAACAGUCUGGAUCAAGCAGUCAAGAUAUGUGGGGUCCCUCUGUCCGGCGUUCUAUUGCUUCUAAAUCCACCAGUCAGGUUGCAAAACCUGCUUCCCAUAGUCAAGCUGCUAAUGUAAGCCAAUAUGGUCUGAGAAAUCUUGCUUGCACAUCUAUAUCUGAUGUUCUUCCCUCAGGUUGUUCAUCUCCAGACUCCAGUCGCAGGAGGACUGAUGUGAAAAGGAGAAAUGUGGGUGGAGAGAGCUCUACUUCUAGAGCAAAGCACACAAGUGGGUCAUUUCUAGGAGGAAGUUCAAGCACUCAAAGGAAUCCCAUAUCCAAUCCUAGCCUCUCACAUUCUGAACAUUCAUCUUCACAACAGCCUGCAAGGAGAACCAGAAAUUGUCUUCCAAAUAGAGAUGGUGUUACAUCAGUUAGAACACGGAGGACAAUCACUGGUGAGGCCAGAGCAAGGUCCUCUGAACAUGGCACUGGCAAUGAUUUGACACUGCCUGAGUCACCAAUUCCUCGGGCAGAAAAUCUAGUCAAUGAGCUGACUCCAACUUCAUCACUGCAAUUUCCAGCAGAACUUCCCUCUAUUUUCGACCACUCUAAUGGUCAACCAGGUAGUAGCAGUCAGAAUCUACGUAGCAGGCAGAUGGCUCAUACAGAAGGUGGACAUGCCCGCCCUUUCCAUGGUCUCUCUUUUGACAGGGAUGGUUUCCAGAGAUUUAACAUGGAUGGGAUUGCUGAGGUAUUGAUGGCACUUGAGAGGAUUGAGCAAGAUGAAGAAUUGACAUAUGAGCAAUUAGUGAUUCUGGAGACAAACUUGUUUAUGGGGGGCCUUGGCUUUCAUGAUCAGCAUAGGGACAUGAGAUUGGAUAUCGAUGACAUGUCAUAUGAGGAACUAUUGGCUCUAGAAGAGAAGAUGGGUACUGUUAGCACAGCCCUCACAGAAGAAGCAUUGUCAAAAUGCCUUAAGAGAAGCUUCUAUACUCCUGCAUCUCUAGACACAGUGUGUGUGGAUUGUGGAGAUGACGAUGGUGAUGAUGUCAAAUGCAGUAUUUGCCAGGAAGAGUAUGUUGAAGGAGAUGAGGUUGGUAAGCUAGGAUGCGAUCAUUGGUACCAUGUGGUCUGUAUCCACCAGUGGUUGCGGCAAAAGAAUUGGUGCCCGAUCUGCAAGGUGGAGGCAGCUCGUUCUUAAUCCCCGUCAAAAAGUAACCAAUAACCAGUCAUAAGGCUGAUGUCUACUGUAAAAUCCCUUUCAGACCCUUGGUCCCCUGCAAGGUGGAGGCAUCUCCUGCUGUUCCUGUACAUACUAUAUUCCCUUCCAUUAUAAUCAAAUAAGCCAUUUCCUUCAGAACCUUGUAUCCCUUGGUCAUAUGAUCAGUGGGAAAACCUUUUACAUUCUAUAACAUUCAAAUGUUCAUAAA